UUGUCCAGGCAGUCAAUCGGUUGUAAAUUCUGCUUUGUCAUAUAUUACAAGUCCCGCCGAUUCUUCACUUUGAACGUUGUACAAACAAAGGCGCAAAUUGUCAUUCCCCUCGUAAUGGUCAACUUUGGCGUCUCUAGAGCGUGCGAUACGUGCAAAAAGCGUCGCAAGAAGUGCGAUGAGACUCGCCCAGCUUGUCUUCGUUGUAUCAAGUCCCGGCAUCAAUGUCCUGGUUACAAAGAUGACUCUUCACUGUUUUUCCGCCAUUACUCACCUAGAAACAAACUCGUAACUCCAACGUUAGAGAGAUGGUUACCAAACGCCGAUUAUAUGCUCGAGGCAACUGCUAUUGAUAUCUUUCUAGAUGAGUUGGUAGUUCGAUCUCUUGACCGGAACCAUUCACGGGGUUUUCUAGAUGGCAUGCACGAUACGUUCGCUGCUUCUACCCCCAAGUCUACUCUCAUGUCUGCCGCCAAGGUUGUCGUUCUUGCAUCACUGGCCAAUCGCCACCGAAGGCAAUCCCUCUUCAGUAUGGUCCGUAAACAGUAUGGCCAGCUUCUUGGGGACUACGUGGCAUCUCUAUCAUUAUCGUCAGAGAGCCUAUCACCAGAACAGUUCUUUACUGCUGUUCUAUUGGGAAUUUAUGAGCUGAUGGCAUGCAACAUAGCCUCGCCUACACGACACCUCAUCCAUGUUCAAGGUCUUGGCUCCAUCCUUCAGAGAGGCAUCUCCUCAUCACCAUCAACAUCCCAUAUCGGCGUCCACCUUCCCGGAACUUGGCUCAUCAGCAAAGGGGCGGUCUUGAGUCGAAACCGCCCAGAAGACACGUUUUUGACUGAUGCGGAGAUAUCUCAGGCUCACACGCAAGGAGCUGGUAUUCUAUGCCCUCCACUUAACGAUAACCCCCAGCGUUCUCUGGACCAAAUAAUGGUUCAAUUAGCUCCUCUCACAGCACGUUCUGAGAAACUACUGGCCAACCCUGCUCCGUCCAGAAGCGCACUUUUGGAUCUUUACCAAGCCCUGAUAGUAUUCCGCAACGAGAUUGCAUUUUGGGCUGAUAGCCAGCCACCAGCAUGGCGCCCAGAGCUUGUUGGCCAUGUUUUGGAAGACUCGCCGACAGCAAGGGAAAUUCCGUGGAUAUGCGCUGGCCCCGUAGAGAAAUACUUCGACUUGUUUGUUGGAACGGCUUGGAACUCGUGGCGCUCAAUGUACAUUGUCUGGCUAGAUCAGUUAUACCAUGUCUCCAAGGCACUUGGGCAACGCGAAUUUAUACCGCACUAUGUCGACAUAGUGGGGAGCCUGGUUGCUGGUCUCAAGGCCUCCAUCCCAUACCAUCUUUGUCGCAAUGUUGAGGAGUAUAUCAAGAAUGUCAACGCAGGAAUAGCUGAUUUGCAAACCAAUCAGUUGAGUGGUGGCCUUUUACUAUUCCAUCAUUUGUAUAGUAUUGGCAGAUGCACCAUAGUGGAUGCAUCGACUAGACAGUAUCUGGCAAAUGUUUUGAAGUGGAUAGGGAACGAAAUGGGAAUUGGAAAUGCGACUGUUCUAUCUGAAUGCUUGCGGCCUGAUGAACAGGGUCCUUCUGUUAUGCAGAACUCGAAGAUUUCAUUCAUGGAUGCACUCGAAGGGUAUUACUUAAUUACGGCGAGUAUGAUGUCAAAGUCUGCAUAG